UGGCUGGCGGGGUCGCGCGGUGGGGUUGUAGUGAGCUUGUGUAGGGGUCUUCGGGGAACUCGGGGUUUGUGGUUUUGAAAUUUCUGGCGGGGCAACCCCGGCGCAGUUAGGCUGAGAGGUGGGAACCAAAGUGACGCUCUUCCGGGAGCCCCUCAGCCAAGCUCCGCCGCAGCGGGACCCGAGGCUGAAGCGCCGGGCUGAACCGGCGCACGUGGGAGCGCUGCUGAGGAAGUGGCGAGCCGCGGAGCAGGUGUUGCCGCUGGCGGGGCCACGCGGACGCUAGGCAGGUCCCGGACGCGUGGGUUCCGCUUCCCAGCUGGCGCCCAUCAUUGACUUCUGUGUCACUGCCCGUGCGCCUCUCGCUAGCGAUGCUGUGGAGCUGGAACUUCACUGGAGUCGGCUGCUACUUGUCAAGUCUCCGCUUGCCUCUGCUCCCGAAACGGCAGCGCUGCAGCUGCCGCUGAUCCACCUGGGGGAUGCCCGCGGGCCUCACGGAACCGGCCGGCGCCGCUCCCCACACUGCCGUGAGCGCCUCCGGGACCUUGACCAUGGCCCCUGCCGGAGCUCUGCCGGUCCGGGUGGAGAGCACUCCGGUGGCGCUGGGCGCCGUGACUAAGGCUCCUGUCAGUGCCAUCGUGGAGUCCACGGUGUCCCAGCCCCUGCGGUCUCCCAUGGGCACCCUGGUGACCAAAGUGGCUCCUGUCAGUGCUCUUCCUAAACUCACCAGCGGCCCUGGGCUACCCGCUCCUCAGAUAGUCGCCAUGAAAGCCCCCAACACCACAACAGUUCAGCUGCCUGCUAAUUUGCAGCUUCCUCCAGGAACAGUUUUGAUAAAAAGCAACAGUGGUCAGUUGAUGUUGGUAUCUCCUCAGCAAGCUGUAACAGGAGGUGAGACCACCAGGAACAUAAUUUCAAGGCCAGCUGUACCAGCGAAUACUCAAACAGUCAAAAUCUGUACAAUGCCGAAUUCUAAUUCACAAUUAAACAAGAACAUGGCAGUGGCACCUGGUAAAAAAUUGGCACAAAUAGGAACUACUCUGGUUACCACUGUUCCGAAGCCUUCCUCAGUACAAUCUGUGGCUGUGCCAACCAGUGUUGUCGUCACAGUUACUCCUGUGAAGCCGUUGAAUACUGUAACUACCCUGAAGCCUUCAAGUGUGGGAGCAUCACCUGCCCCCUCAGAUGAGCCCAAUCUCAAAGCAGAGAACUCAGCAGCUGCUCAGACUAAUCUUUCUCCAACAAUGCUAGAAAAUGUGAAGAAAUGUAAGAACUUCCUUGCAAUGUUAAUAAAACUAGCAUGUAGUGGGUCACAGUCCCCAGAAAUGGGGCAGAAUGUGAAGAAACUGGUGGAACAACUUUUGGAUGCAAAAAUAGAAGCAGAAGAAUUUACUAGACAACUGUAUGUUGAACUCAAGUCUUCACCACAGCCUCACCUAGUUCCUUUUCUUAAGAAAAGUGUGAGUGCCUUACGACUACUCAUGCCGAACUCCCAGAGUUUUAUUCAGCAAUGUGUUCAGGAGGCUUCUAGCGAAGUAGCCAUUACUACCUGUACCACACCAGUAACAACUUCUUCAGUGGUGACACCAACAGUUUCUUCAGUCCAGUCUGAAAAACCCAUCAUUGUUUCUGGAGCAACAACACCCAGACCUGUGUCAGUGCAAACUCUGAAUCCGCUUGCUGGUCCAGGGGGAGCAAAAACUGGAGUUGUGACACUUCAUUCUGUGUGUCCUGCCACUGUACCUGGAGGAACAACAGCUGGAACUGUUCUGCUUCAGACUCCAAAACCGCUUGUGACAUCCAUACAAAAUACAGUUACAGCAGUCUCACUUCAACCUGAAAAACCAGUUGUCUCUGGAGCAGCAAUGACACUGGCCCUUCCAUCGGUAACUUUUGGAGAAACUUCAGCAGCAGCUAUUUGUGUUCCGUCUGUGAAACCUGUUGUUGUUUCUGCUGGGACCACAUCUGAUAAGCCUGUCAUUGGCACUCCAGUCCAAAUCAAACUUGCACAGCCGGGCCCCAUUCUUUCACAACCAGCUGGUAUUCCACAGGCAGUUAAAGUCAAACAACUAGUGGUCCAGCAGCCUUCAGGAGGCAUUGCAAAACAAGUGACUACACUGUCCCAUUCCCCAGCAUUGACCAUUCAGAAAUCUGGACAGAAGAUGCCAGUGAGCACCACAAUACCUACCAGUCAGUUUCCUCCAGCUUCCAUUCUCAAGCAAAUUACCCUGCCAGGAAAUAAAAGUCUGUCACUUCAAGGAUCUCCUAUUCAGAAAAAUAAAAUAAAAGAGAAUGGAGCAACAUUUUCCAGAGAUGAAGAUGACAUCAAUGAUGUGACUUCCAUGGCAGGGGUCAGCCUCAAUGAGGAAAAUGCCUGCAUCUUAGCAACAAACUCUGAAUUGGUUGGCACGCUUAUUCAGUCAUGUAAAGAAGAACCAUUUCUUUUCAUUGGAGCUCUACAAAAGAGAAUUUUAGACAUUGGUAAAAAGCAUGACAUUACGGAACUUAACUCUGAUGCUGUGAACUUGAUCUCCCAUGCAACACAGGAGCGAUUACGAGGCCUUCUAGAAAAACUGACAACAAUUGCUCAGCAUCGAAUGACAACUUACAAGGUAAAGGAAAUCAUUAAAGAAGUACAGACUCUUCUCUCUCCUCUUUAUCGUGUUCAAG